AUGGCCUCUGUUUCGCCUUCCCGAAUCAACUCCAACCCUCGUCUCGCGCCUGCGCCGCCUACAACGUCUCGUCAGCCGGCCGCCGUCCCAAGCCCGGCCCCAGCCGGCAUCAUUGCGACCCCCAGCCCCCAUCAGCCGUCUUCCUCCCACGGCGAGCCUCACUCGGCUCCCGGCUUGCACGGCCACAUCGCCGAUUUCAAUGGACAGACGUCAUUUCUAACUACCGACGGCCGUGUCAAGAAUCCUGUUCCCAGCAAGCUACAGGGCAUGGCCGAUAACAAAAAUGGCAACUUUGCUGUCAUGCAUAUCGAUUUGGGCCGACCAGAAAAAUCCAUGCGCAACGACGCCGCCAAGCGCACCAGUGAAGGAACAGAAGCCGCCGCUCGAAUUGCGAACCAGGCUGGAUAUCAGUCAGUUAAGCGCUCCAAGCUCGCCUGGCCACCUCAGGAUGGCGACCCCUCUCAUGUUUCACAACCGGCCGGUUUGUCGCCCAAGGAGGCCAAGACUGAACAAGCUCGCCUGCUCACCUUGCUGCGCUCUGUAAAUCCUGUCGCCAUAACCGAACAGCUUUGCAAAGCUGUUGCCUUUUUCGGGGGCGUGCCUACUGCUCCUGCCCCCGAGACGAGAGCUCAAUUCCCUCAAAGCCAUCAAUCCAACGGUUCAGGCUCGCAAUUUGUCUCUUGGUUGGCCGAAAUAUUCCCCGCUUCCGCAGACCACUCAGCAUCGCUCCCGCUGGCUUCUGCUCAUCCGAAUUCCAAUUCAGCGAACCGGACACUGGGAGUAUCGACUCAACCACCGCCACCAUCACAACAAACCGCGCAGCCAGAUAGCAAUUCGAGUGUUAAACCCACUGAUGCGACCGUCGACGCCGCAUCGGACCCCAACGCACCUGUCGCGCCCGUCAAGAGAGGCCGCGGACGGCCGAAGGGCAGCAAGGGCAAACCGAAAGUAAAAGAUCAGCCUCCUAACGAUGCCGAUCCCAUGGCGCUGCAAGGCUCUCAACCUCCCAACACCACUGGUCCUUGGUCCAGUCAACAGUUGCAGCCGUCACAGCAAGGCACACCAGGCCAGUCAGAUGCUGGUACGCCAGGAAAGAAGCGAGGUCGCCCCAAGGGCUCAAGGAACAAGCCUAAAAACCCUGCUCCUAGCGGUGCAGAAACUGCUCCGAGCCAAGACGCGGACGAGUCCCAAGAUUCUUUCAUGUCUCCCAUAGGUCAAAUGUCCAGCUCCAUGUCCUUGACCCAGGAUGGCGCUCGGCCGUCCUCUGGUCCUCUCGGUCUUUCCAGUAUGAUUGAGCCAAAUUCUGCGCAAACACACAGUGGCUGGACCACCGUAGGGAUGCAGGCCGGCCAAGACGGGAGCCCUGCACCGUCUCGCAAGCGCAAGAACGACAAACAACAGCCCGACCUGUCGGUCAGCAACACAAGAAUACCCCCGGGGAUUCACCAGGACGACGCUCCCGCCACAGACUCUAAUGGCAAACGAAGGCGCUUCUCUAAGGAUGGUGCCCCCUUUCCACAAAUGGGCGGUCAGCCUGGGAUGGCGUCGUCCGAGUCGCCGAUCCAGAAUACCAGCUUUCAGAGCCCAACUCAACAAAUGGUGGCUUCCGGCAGCUUUGACCCCGCACAGCAGCCGCCUCAUCGAAAACCUGCCGCAAGAAGUCAACCUCCUAGUCGCCUUGGACAGCCUCAGCCACAGCAGCAGCAGCAGCAGCAGCAGUUUAGCCAACAAUCAGGACAGCCACCGCAGCCGCAACAGUCACCUUUUCCUCCGCAGCCCAAUCAACCACAGCAACAGGCCUUUGGACAGCAGCCAGGGCAACAUAAGUCACCAGUCGUAGGAGGCAAUCAGCCACAACAACCUUCUGGCGUGAUGGACUUGUCAGGAAACGGACUAUCACGCAGCGUCAUGUACAAUCAGCAGCAGCACCAACAGGCGCAGCAGCUUCAGCAUUUUAUGAACCAGCAACGGCUUUCCGUGGAUAUGAAUACGGCAGCGAACUCGUCUACUCAAUUCGGCCAGGCUAAUAACGGCGGUAAGAGCCCAAUGUUUCAAGGUCACAUGGUUCGCGCUCCGUCGGGGGAUGCCGCCAUGCAGCAUCCGCAACGACCAUCACCCGCAAGCCAGAAUGCACAAAUCACACAAGAUGGCUCUCGUAUGGGACAGGCUGGCUUCGCGGGGCGGGCUCCGCCAGUGACUUCUGCAGGAGCGUCGCCAUCCAUGAACAGCCCUUUUCCGCCCAACUAUGGAGCACGAACCUACAUGAGCAUGAACUAUGGUGGUAUGAGCAGUGCACGAGUCCCCGAUCCUUCAAAUCACCCUUUUGGCGGCUCUGCGGGCCAGAUGGAGACCAUGAAUAGUACCGAGCAGGCCAAUAUGCCACAUCGCAUGUACCAAUCGAUGCAACAGCAGCAGCAACGACAAUGA